UUCGACCAUCUGUCCCUAUGUGUCCUUUUAACGAGCGUCUUCCUGAAGAUCCUUCAUCGCCAUCACACUCUCCACCUCGAUGCCCCUCCCCUCCUCUGCCUGUCACUCAGACAAGACGACCUGAUUGGAUGCUGCGGGAUUCUCCGUACUCAGAAGGUGUGGCUGAGCACAAACAGGGUGGGGCUUGUUUGGACUGUCUACGUUUCCAUGGAAAUGACAACUGUGAUGUGCCGUUCGUACCUGUCUCACCCUCUCAGGGUCUCACCUGUGCGGAUGACCUGUCGUCAUGUGACCUCACUCAGCUUGGUUUCAUCUCUCACAUUGAGCUCUCCACCUUCCUGCUCGCUCUGGGUGUCCAAACCAAACACACCCGCCCUCCACGCCACCGGAACCGGGACAGCGGUGUGUUUGGCGUUUCUCUGAACUUCCUGUUGGAGAGCGACAGGAAGAAGUUUCCCGGGGUUAAAGUUCCCGUUGUCUUCCAAAAGUUGUUGUGUAUUUUAGAGCAGAACGUGGAGACUGAGGGGAUCCUCAGAGUUCCUGGAUCAGUCGCUCGACUCAAGUACCUGCGUAGAGAGUUAGACAGGUGCGGCGGAGACAUCGACUGGUCGUCAGUGAGACAGGUGGAAGCUGCAGGUUUAUUGAAGCUUUUCAUCAGAGAGCUGCCGACCCCUCUGCUGACACACACACACCUGUCCACCUACCACUCUGUGCUGG